UCAAGGUCAAAACCGUAAUAACGUCAAGAGUCGUCUUCCCCAGCUUUUUCUUUAUGGGUUUUGUAACCCUUGUUGUAGGCGGCUGAAGCUACUUGGAUCUCUCUUCUCCAUUUCUCCUUUUGUAGAAUUGAACUAGGAGGAAGUCAUGUGGUUCAGAAUAGGCAUUUCACGUGCAGUCAGCGCAGAGAUAAAGUAAAAAUAAAAAGUAAAGAGACCCGUGACCUCUCCCUUGCACGUACAUGACACGUGAGCAUGAUUGGAUAUUUAGAGACGAAGCUGCCCUCUUUCCCCCUUCCAUUACUGUACUGAGCUGAGCCGAGUCACUGUUUGUUAAGGUACACUACACAGUUUCUUUUUUUGGGGUUCUUGAAAUUAAAGAAAAAAGGGUACUUUCUUUUCAGGAUUGAAUGGCUACUUUUCAUACUGUUAAAGAUGCGGUGAAGCUCUUUGACGCUGGUUUCUGUGGAGGAAAACCUCUUAACAAGAGACAAGAACAGGGAGUGUUGGUGGAGGAGACAAACCUCUGUCUCUGGAACAGAGAGAUUAAUAAGUUGAAAGAAAAGAUAAAGAAUGCUGAGAAGACCAAGAUUGAGGCUUUGUUUGAGCUUGAGGAAGCUAAGAAAACAGUUGAACGUCUCAGUCAGAAGCUAGGAACGAAGCAGAAUGUGAGAAGUGGUGAGAUAGAUUUAGAUUUGAGUACUAGUGUGAGAGGUGUGACUACAGAGUUAGGCUUUGCUAAGGAAUCGAUUCAUAGAGUAGCUGAAGAGGAGAGUGAACUGUGUUUGUUAAUGGAGUCUCUUAACCUCGAGCUUCAAAAAGUGGAGAAAGAACAUUCAGAGCUUAAAGAGAGUGAGCAAAGAGAGAGGGAUCAAGCCAUUGAGAAGCUGAAGAAGGAAACCAAAGAUGCCAAGACCGAGCUGUCGCUGUUAGAAGAAGAGCUAAAGAUUGCUCUUUCCGAGGCUCAAGAAGCAGAAGCAGCAGAGAAGCAUGCCAGGGAACAGUUAAAUGUUGCAGUUUUACAAUCCGAUUUCAGAUCAUCAUCAGCUGAGGUGAAAGAAAGUGGUACUGAAGAAUUAACUGAGACAGAAGCGUUAAGAGCUUGUAGAGAUGAAACACUGAAAACAUUAGAGAUGAGUGAGAGAGAGAUUGAAGAUAUAAAAGCAGCAACACAAGAUGCAUUGAAGAAAGCUGAGAUAGCUCAAGAAGCUACAGUUGUAGUGGAUGUAGAGCUUAAACGAAGGCGUAAAGCAGCGAGUAGGAUCUUGGCAGAAUCGAAAAUGUGUGCCAAAUCAACAAAGGAAGUGCUCAAGUCAAAACCGAGAUCAUCGUCAAAAGAAGGUUGUUUGGUCAAGUGUUAGACAGAAGAAUCUCUAAUCACUUUUGUAAUUGUAAUAAUCUGUAACUCAUAAUAAGGAGAAGAAGUGUCACUUUGUUGGUAGUGGUCAAAUUUGUAAGCGUUAACUAAUAAGGUUGUGUGGUUCGAUCAUCAUCAAAAAAACAAAUUUGAUGAUUUUGAUUA